GCAGUAUUUAGGGCGGACGUAUUGAUUGAUAACCUGUGAUUGAAAAGAGAGGGUUUACAAUAUAAAAAGAUCGAACUUUAUUUGGUACUAAUUGUUUAGGCCAAUUCAUUUUAGGGACGCUUAUCUUACGCUUCAGUAUGGGUCCCUGGUUGUUUUUGGUAACUCUCCUGGGUUUGAAGUUCACAGUUCAUGGCCAGAUACCACCAUCCCAGGAUCCACCGACGCCACCAACGGAGCCACCAAUACCAACUCCUUCCUCUGAUUUAUAUAUUGGAGAUAUACCAAGGCUGGACACAUUACCACUACCAGAUGACGGCGGAGUAGAUCUGUCCCCACUGAAUACACAACCCGCUGUGAGUGAAAUUAAACCUACGGAAGGACCGAUAACAUCGCUCGCAGGAAAUAUACAGGUGGUAAUCAAUGAUCAAUUAAGAGAGAUUAUGAAGAACUACCAAAUCACGACGCAGGAAAUUCAGGAUAUGCUUGACCUGUAUGCACGAGGAGGUAGUCCAACCAUUACCAAGUCGAGAACGAAUCCUGAGACUGGACUUCAAGAGAUAAUUACUCUGGACUUUGAGCAAUUUGCUACCAAAAGUCCAAGUGGAGAUGAUGGCGAAACAACACCGGUGACCAGUGUGUCUCCAGAUGCUAUCACACUAACAGAUCAAUUGGGAACUAGUGUUAAACCUGGCGAUAAGCCCAUGGAUACUAGUCCACCCAGGAGAAAUACACUGGCGGAUCUUCAGGAUGCGGCGGAAUAUCUGCGGAAUCAGAUCAGAGAAUUAGAUUCCCAAUUAUUGGCUUUAGAUAACGCCUACCGUGCGGGACAAAUUACCCGACUUACAAGAAAUCAGAACGCUGUUGGAAACAGAGAGAGACGCCGCCAGUUAGAGAGCGAUCUCAGAACUCUCCAACGUGAAAUCAGCAGAAUGACGAUGCCCCCCAAGGCAGCGAGAGAGAACCCUAGGGAAGCAAAUUCUGGAGGUUCUUUAGAUAGAGAUAUAGUUCGCCUAGAAAUGGAAAAUCGGCGUCUAGAGGAGCGCCUGCGACGUGGGGAGGAUCCACGAUUGACGCCCACAAGCGAGAUUCCACGAGUUCAACGACAAUCAGGACAGCAAGGGAAUGUUCCCCGUCAAGCUGCAUCCGUCUUACCAUCGUACGAAGCACUUAGACAAGAACUUCUCCGAAUACGUGCGCAGGAAAGAUACAUUCUCCGUCAACUACAGAUGCUCUCGGCAAGAAAUGCUCGACCUCUUGGGAGAGGUAGAAUGCCCGAUCCAAGGAAUGUAUUUCUAAGAAGACGACCCAUUACAAGGCGAAUAAAUUUCAGCAACACGCCCCGAUUUUCUUCCCGGAGAACUUUAACCGGAAGUGUAGCCAGAGGGGUCGUCCCAAAUACUCGAAUGCGGCUUCUGUAAUCGAACAACUUAGCAAAGGACCGGAAUAAAUUCACACAACAUCCCAAGAUUCAUUUCAACCCUGUGUAUUUAUAUAUGUACUAGCAUUCGUCACAUAGCAAAUAAAGGAAAUGCAGCUCCACAA